ACAUGAAUCAUUAAGGUACGAUGAUAUAGAUUUCUAUUCUAAAACGAAUCAGAAAUCAUGACAUCCCUUGCUGAAGAAGAGGAGAAUUAUGUCCGGUUAGGGUUGUUUUUGAAAGGAGUGACACCUAGAGCAGUCCGUACUUAUUUUGACAGCGUAUUUCCGCCUACCUCUCUACCCUCAACAUUAAGUACAGAUCAUAGCACUCUUUUGGACUUCAAGAUAAAGAGAAUCAUAAACAAGGCUCAGUGGAAUCUUUUGAUUCCAAGAAAUGGGGUUCCAGAUUCCAAAACAUUUGAUGUAACGUUGAUGAUCUGUUUAAUCAGAAACUUGACAUCUAUCAAUCCUCCAAUCAAUGGAUUUGACAGUCUACCACUACCAGGGGAGACAACACCAGGGUCUGAUCUAGCCAGGAUAAAAUGUUACAGGAAUAAACUAGCUCAUCAUGAUAGUAAUACAAUAGACACUACUUAUUUCAAUACAGCAUGGAGAGAUAUAUCAGAGGCUGUUAGGCGACUGGGAGGUCAAAUACUGUACAAAGAGUGCCAAGACUUAAAGGUAAAAAUCUUAGACCAGUCUAAUCAGGAAAUAAUGUUGGAAAUCAAACAAUCACUGGUAGAGAUGAAAGAACUGAAACUUACAGUGGAUAAUUUGGGAAUGGAACACUCUAGAGUAACAGAAAAUCUUAGAGAGUUACAGACUUCCCACACUAAUUUACAGACAUCCCAUAACACUUUACAAACAGAACACUCAAAAGUUAUGGAAAUUGUGAAAGAUCCAAUACCAUCGAACAUCAAAGAGCUGAUAAAAAAACAAAUAGAAGACUGGGAAAAGAAAGAUAAGAUGUUCGUGUCUACAAGAGCCAGUGAUUACGUCAUGGAACGUUUACAGGACAACAGUUGCUUGACAUUAACUGCGCCAUCAGGAGUUGGAAAAUCAUUCAUUGCAAGACACACAGCACUUGUUUUGAAGAAGGAAGGAUACAAUAUAAUACCAGUAGAAUUACCAGCCGACAUUAAAACUUAUUAUCAGCCUGGUAAACAGACAGUCUUCAUUGUAGAUGAUAUUUGUGGAAAUUUCACGGCAAAUCAACAACAGAUAGAUAACUGGAAACAACUGUUACCUGUGAUAAAUACUAUUAUUGCAGACAAAUUUUGUAAGAUUAUUGUAGCUUGUAGAUUACAAGUCUAUAAAGAUGAUAAGUUUAAUAUAUUAUCGCCUUUUAAAUCCUGUCAAUGUAAUUUAAUAUCAGAUAAGUUAUGUCUUACAUCUGUAGAGAAAACAAAUAUAGCAAAAACUUAUAUAGGUACAAGCAUGACAGAUAUUCAUGAUUUAUCUUUUAAAUGUGAUUUUUUCCCACUCUUAUGUUCCUUAUAUCACGAAAAAGACGAUGUAGAUGUCAAAGAGUAUUUCAAAAACCCUUUUGAUGUCUAUACACGUGAGCUAGACAGGUUAAGUGAGCACGGUGAUGACGGGAACUAUAAAAUAUGUAGUCUUGCUUUAUGUGUUCUCUUUAAUAAUCAACUGAAAGAGAAAUGGUUCCAUGGUAAAGUUACAAAUGAACAACGAAAUAUUAUAGAAGACACAUGUGAGGCUUGUAAAUUAAACCGAGGUACAUCGAAAGCAAAACUUAAAGAGGCUAUUGAAACUCUGGAUGGUACAUUUAUAUGUAAACAGAACGGUAUUUAUAGAACUCUACAUGAUAAACUAUUUGACUUCCUUGCUCAUUACUUUGGUCAGACAAUGAUUUCAUGUUUGAUAGAUCAUGGUGAUAGUGAUUUAGUACAUGAACGUUUUAUCUGGCAGAAGGCACCAGAUGACAAGAACAGUAAUAUAGACUUCAUUAUUGAAAUACCAGAUGAUUAUUUAGAAUCCUAUUUAGAAAGGUUUAUACAAGACUGGUCAGCAGGUAAUGUGUUGGUUGUAUUCAGUAACAAUAACAUGAAAGUAUAUUCAUUCAGACAACAGUUAUUACAGUACCUACUACAACUAGACAAACCACAACAAGUAGCAUUAGCCAGUACCAAGGAUACCGUGAGACCAAAUGAUAGCUGUGGAUCAGGUACUACUCCACUGGUAGAUACUUCUUAUGAUGGUUAUACUGAUAUGGUACAGUGGUUGUUACAUAAUGAUGUGGAUGUGGAUCAAUGUAGAGAUGAUGGGGUUUCUGGACUGUUACUGGCAAGUCAGAAUGGACAUACUGAUAUAGUGAAGUUACUGUUAGAGAGGAAUCCUAAUGUUGAUAUAUGUGAUAAGGAUGGCUGGAGUCCUCUGAUAAUGGCAAGUAUUCAGGGAUAUACUGAUAUAGUUAAGUUACUGUUAGAGAGGAGUCCUAAUGUUGAUCUAUGUAGCAAGGAUGGUUUAACACCACUGAUCAGUGCAUAUAUCCGUAACUACACUAGUAUAGUCCAGCUAUUAAAUAAACAUAAAUCGAACAUUAAUGUACAGACAUUUGAUGGUGGUAAUGCUUCAUAUUUCAGUGCAAAAAAUGGAAACCUAGAGAUAACAAAGUUACUAUUAGAGAACAAUGCUGACUGUAAUAUCUGUAUCCUUAGUAAACAGUCUAUGACAGAUACAUUAUAUUAUCAUCCAAAUAUAACAUUGGACAAAGUAAAACAAGAAUUAUUUGAACGCCUGGUAGAGAAUACAUUUUCACAUCUAAAAGAUUAUGUCAGUAAGAUGCCAGUAGAUUAUGCAUUUGGUGUAUUCGCUGGUUCUACCCCGUUGCACAUUGCCUGUUUUAUGGGUGAGAUAGAUAUGGUCCUUUGUCUUCUGAACCACAAUGCUGACAUCAACCGGACAAAAGAAGAUGGAACUACACCAUUAUUUUAUGCAUGUGAAGUAGGAAAUGAGGAUAUUGUACGUUUAUUGUUAGAAAAAAGAGCAGAUACACAGAUAAUAAGACAAGAUGGAAAAUCCCCUUUAAACAUCGCAACAGAUAAUGGACAUACAUCUAUAGUAAUAAUGUUAACAAAUCACACAAAGAAGGAGGACAAACUUUCUUCUUAACUCUGGUUCUAAAUGGUCUAGACGAUUAGUACUAGAUGAACAUUCUUAAUUUUAUGACCAGGAAUUGAAGAAACAUUUAAGAUGCAGUAAAAUAUUUUGUUAUCAAUCCCAAUGAAUAAAACUGUCCCACACUUAGUUACCAUUGUAAUUCUAUUAUUACUUAUUCGUGUUUUUAUAAUUCAUUGUUCUCUAAAGUCACAUUUCUUUACUUGAUGCGAUUUGAUGCUUAUAUUAACAUGAUUAAAGUUUACAUAUUUUACUGGUGUUAUACAUUUAAUUUUGCUUUAUUUGGCUCAUGUUCUACAUUAUAUAUGUAUUUCGUUAUAUGUUUGUAAACAUUACACAUCCCUAUAUUUCUUGUUUUUGUUUUGUUGGGAUACUGUCUUAUUGCAACAUGUGUGGUAUUUACUAAGAACUUACUAAGAACUAAUUACAUUGUUAUACAGUUAUCAAUCACGUCUUUAUGUGGUAUCCACUAAGAACUUAUUUAAGAACUUAUUACAUUGAUAAGGUUUAAAUAUUUUAUUGAAAUCUUUACAUUUGUUAGUUCAAAACAUCAAUUACUGGUACCUUAUCCCGGCCUCGUUAACAUUAGUAUUGAUAUUUAUAUAUAUGAAACAAAUUCUCAUCAUGUUACAAAAUAAGUUAUGAAAUGCCAUGUGAGAUAUAUUAUCACUUUGAGUCUGUCGUCUGUUUGUCUUUUCAUCAUUUGCUUUUCAGCUUUCGACAGAUGAUUUAAUUUGAAACCCUAAAAUUAGUUUUGAAUUAUUUUGUUAGAAUUACCUACAGGUUAUGCAUACAUUAAAAUUUAAGUCUGUUGACAAACCAUAUGGCCAUCAUUUACUAUGUAUACAAUAGAAAAAUAUUUUGAAUAUAUCACCUGUAUAUAAAUGUAUUUUUGUUUUAACUGAUAUCAAUGAAAAAUAUAUAUUUUCAUCAGACUGAAUUAAAUUUUUCUUAUUUUUUUCCUUUGUGUAACUAGGUGUCUUUAUAUAAGCAAAAUUGAUUGAUUUUUGAUUCACAUCUUGUAACCAGUUGGAUAUUAAACAUGAUUGUCGUUCUGAAUAAGGACCUUGCUCAAAAGUGCACGAAAAAAUCAGCAAUUUUGUUUGAGAUUCUUUGUAUUUCUCAUUAAAGUUGUAAAAAAAAAGACUUUUUCAACUGAUUUUAUAGUUCAUUAUUAUGUUGUACUCUUAUACCAAUGUUCCAGGUUAGGGGGAGAGUUGGGAUUAAACAUUUUUGUAAUUUAUAAAUUUCAGUUACAGUUUAUACUGAUCUUCUUAACUUUUUAUUGUUUGAAUUGUAUAUAGUUAACAUUGUAAUAUAGAUAUAUAAUUUGUUGAUAUGAUAUUUAUCAGAAAAGAUAAUCAUAAUAAAAUUAGU